ACUUUUCUCGAUGUCCUGAUUUGCAGCUUACUUAUAGAGUUAAUCGAAACAGUUCAGAACCUGACAGUUGAUCGAGAUGAGAGUGAAAAAUGACCGUGACGGAGGCAUUAAUCGCGUCAGUAGACACAUUCUGCGAGUCUCCCGGGGGGUGUAAAGCUUGCUUUUUCAUCAUUUUCUUCGCCUGGUUCUUUCAUACCUUGUCUUAUGGCAGUGAUGUUUGGGCUGAAAUAUCAGAAGGAUCAGUGGACGCCAAUAUAGGACUAUGGAAUCACUGCAGCAAGUCCGCUACAAGUCCAGAUUUUACUUGCUGUGAGACCGUUGGAAACUUUUUAGGUUAUCAUGGUCGUCGAAUUCCUGCAUGGCUUCAUGCAUCCAGAUUUUUUCAAAGUGUUGGCCUUCUAACAUCAAUGGCGUCUGUGGUGUUUUCCAUUCUUUGUACGUUUGUAAGUCCGACUGUUAACAAGAAGGGAGUUCGAAUAACCGCAGCAGUGCUGAAUUUCCUUGCUGCAGGUGGGAUUUUGAUUGGAGUCAGUAUUUACGGAGGUCAGUACCGAUAUGAAUCCUGGAUGAAGAGUUAUUUCCCCUCCUGGUCAUUUGCUUUUUCAGUUAUAUCAGGGAUCUUCUAUCUCGUAACAGGCUUCGUGUACUUAUUUGCCCAUCCACAUUCAGUUCAUCCAAACUCUCAGCAAGGACAAAACCAGCCUCCCCCAAAUACACAAAGAACCCAGCCUACAGCCCCGCCGAUGGAAAGUUUUCACGGAACACGGCCCAAUCAUUCUCACCCUACAAGUGGAGUGUUGUCAUCACAAGAACCUCCCCAAAGUGGAACUAGGCCAGCACAAGACUCUGGCAAUAAUGCUCCAAGGAGUUCCGAUGAUGAAAUCUGCUGCAUUUGUUUGGACAGUCCCUCGGAAAUAUUAUUUUUGCCAUGCAGACAUCAGAGGUGUUGUGAAUCUUGUGCAGAAUCUGUUCAACUGUGUCCUAUUUGCAGACGAAGUAUAACGGAAAAAAUAAAACCUUACAGAUAACAAACGUUAAUAUAAUUGAUAAUUUCUAAGGGAGAGAGAGAGGUAUCUUGUGCCAACUGUGAUUUGUGUUAAUUUUCAAACGUCGAGUUUCUUGUUGUGUAAAUAAAUAUCAUGAUUGUGUUCAGCAGUAUAUUUUGA